GAACCGGAAGUGUUUCUGGGCCUUUUCCGCUGUUAGCUCCCGGUGCCUCGCUGGUCGCUACAUGCUAACAGAGUUGUUUCUCCAAUGGCAAACAGAACCGUUAAAGAUGCAAACAGCAUCCACGGAACCAACCCGCAGUACCUGGUGGAGAAAAUCAUCCGGACCCGAAUCUAUGAGUCCAAAUACUGGAAGGAGGAAUGUUUCGGUCUGACCGCUGAGCUGGUGGUGGACAAAGCCAUGGAGCUGAAGUUCGUCGGCGGGGUUUUCGGCGGGAACAUCAAGCCGACGCCGUUCCUCUGCCUCACGCUGAAGAUGCUUCAGAUCCAGCCGGAGAAAGACAUCAUCGUGGAGUUCAUCAAAAACGAGGAUUUUAAGUACGUGCGCCUGCUGGGAGCGAUGUACAUGAGGCUGACCGGCACCGCCGUGGACUGCUACAAGUACCUGGAGCCGCUCUACAACGACUACAGGAAGAUCAAGAGUCAGAACAGGAACGGAGAGUUCGAGCUGAUGCACGUGGACGAGUUCAUCGACGAGCUUCUUCACGCAGAGAGAGUCUGUGACAUCAUCCUGCCGCGCCUUCAGAAGAGACAGGUCCUGGAGGAGGCCGAGAUGUUGGACCCCCGGAUCAGCGCUCUGGAGGAGGACCUGGACGAAGUGGAGAGCAGCGAGGAUGAAGAUGAAGAAGAGGAGAAGUUCGAGCGGCUGCCCAGCCCUGAACCCCACAGGCGCAGCCACCGGGACAGCGACCGGCCUCGCCGCUCCCCGUCGCCUCGUUACCGACGCAGCCGCUCUCCUCGCCGGAGGAGCAGAUCUCCCAAGAGGCGAAGCCCGUCGCCCCGCAGAGAGCGCCACCGCAGCAAGAGCCCCCGGCGGCACCGCAGCCGCUCCAGAGACAGGCGGCACCGCUCCAAAUCACCCGGUCACCACAGAAGCCACAGGCAUCGCAGCCACUCCAAGACUCCAGAGAGGAGUUCAAAGAAGAGCCACAAGAAAAGCCGGAGAGGAAACAACUGACCUGCUGUGUUUUAAACUCUUUUUUUUAUUUCCUAAUUUGUCUAAUUUGUUAAAAUUUCUACUUGAAGUGUUUUUUUGUUUCCAACAGUUUCUGGUUCUGAUGUCUGGGUCGCUGAUGGUUCUGUUUCCUUUUUUUACCUCAGUCUGGAGGUCAGAACCAACCAAACGAUGUUCUCCUGUCGCUUUCAGUCGUCUCUGAUGAAUCUGAGUGUAAAUAGAGAAAAUGUUGUUUUUCGUACGUAGAAAAUGUCCCAGAAAUAAAACCGUUGAUACCAGAA